AUGAGACAGCGGCUGCAACAGGAAGACAACCAUAUAGAUGUCAACAGGGAUGACGAUGAAGAUAGCAACAAAAGACGAAACAGCACUCCAAAAGAGGCGAGCUCAGAUCUCCUCAGGGAGAUGAGAAAGGAGAUGGACGAAUUGAGAAAUGCCAUCAAAGGAAAGAUGGACCAGAGCUUGGAAAGGAUAGUCAGGAAGACGAAUUCACCUUUCACCGUGGCCGUCCAAGAGUGCCCAGUGCCCUCCAAGUUCCGUCUACCACAGCAAGAGCCCUUUGACUGGCUAAAAGACCUCUUGGAUCACCUGAAUACCUUCAAGACAACCCUAGGCCUUCAACAAUCCCCUGACGAGAUUUUGUGCCGCUCCUUUCCCACUACUCUCAAAGAGGCAGCCAGGGAGUGGUUCAGCAAGUUGCCAAUGUCAUCCAUUGAUAACUUUGAGCAGCUAAGCAGUUCCUUUGUCCGUCAUUUUUCUGGUGGGCAACGUCCAAAAAGGACUGUCGACCAUUUGCUCACCAUCAGACAAGUAGAGAAGGAACCGUUGAGGUCUUAUGUAACACGUUUCACCCGAGGAAUGCUGGAAGUAGACGAGGCGAAUGACAAGGUACAGCUCACGACCUUCAAGGCAAGGUUGAAGUCCAGAGAUUUCGUGGCUUCCUUGGCCAAUAAUCCCCCUAAGACGAUGAUCGAGGCAUUAUUAAAAGCACAGAAGUAUAUGAACGCUGAAGAAAUUCUAAUGGAAAUAAAGGACGAACCAUCUCUUAAGUGGCCAAGGCCACUCCAUUCAUUGCCCAGUUUGCGCAACAAGAGGAAAUACUGCCGUUUUCACAAAGACCAUAGGCAUUACACAGAGAAUUGCAGAGACCUAAAGGAGCAGAUUGAAGAACUUAUACGGAAUGGAAAACUACAACAAUAUGUCAAAAGGGGAGAUUCCAGCAAAUACAACCAGAAAGGUCAGCAUGGGGGUUCAAGGAGAGAUGAAGACUGCCCACCGCCUCAUCCACAGAAUGCACUAGGGGAAAUAAAGACCAUUGCAAGGGGGUCGUUCAAAUCCCUCAGGAAGUCACACCAAAAGCAAGUAAACAGUGUUCAUAGUCUACCUCCCCUGAGGCAAAAACGGACCAACUAA